AUGGCAGAAGGUGGUCCCUCUCCAGACUCUCAUGCGUUUGACGUCACGCAACCUGUCCACCCGGAAUCUCAAUUCCUAGAAUGUCCUAUCUGUCUUGAGCAGCUACGUCAGCCCCGGUCACUACCUUGUCACCAUUCUUUUUGUGAGGAAUGUCUGAGCAGUUACAUUGUUAGUGAGGUGUCGGUGAAGAGUGAUACGGUAAUCUCUUUUACUUGCCCUGUGUGUAGGAAAUUAACACACCCCUUAGACGCCUCCGAGAACAAAGAAAAAUGGGCAAAGCAGUUUCCUAUUGACAGCGUUGCCAUGGAUAUGAUACAAAUAAGAAACAAACACACAGAAACAUAUUUCUGUAUGCCAUGUCAGAAGACGAAGGAUGACAAGGUACCAGCUAAAUUUUGGUGUAAAACUAUUGACUGUUUGCUCUGUGAGACUUGCAGAAUAAAUUUCCAUGACGUCAUACACACGAACUGUGAUGUCAUAGAUGUAGAAACAUCACGUAAUUUCCCACUGAGACAGCAAACAUUUGAUAAAAGAUGCAACAAACACAAUAAAAAAAUAUCUUACUAUUGUGAGGAUCACAAGUCUCUCGGCUGUAGUAAAUGCAUAACAGUUGAUCAUAGGAAAUGUGAAGAAGUGACAACGACAGAAGAUUACUGCGAGAAACUGAACCUUAACUCCGGGCUUGAAAAUAGGAAGUCAUGUCUACAAGAAGCAGCUGUAGCUCUGGAAUCAGUGAUCAAUGACUUUAAUGCACAGCUACAGACUAUUGCUGACGACAAAGAUUUAGCAUUGAAAAGCAUCGACGACCUCCAGGAGCGGCUGGAGAAGCGUAUCAGAGAAACGAAGAAGGAAAUCACAGAUGAUUUGGUCAAGACUUAUAAAAAGGAGAAAGAAAAACUAAAGGUUUCAAGUCAGAAAUGUGAACGACUGAAAGUCGCUAUACAGAAUACAUUGGAAUUGUCUGCUACAGCCCUGCAGAGGAAAGAUCACAUGGGCACCCUCCUGUUAUAUCAGAGAGGUGAGACGGAGUUAAAUGCUCGGAGAGAUUUAUUGAAAGAAGUCAGGAUGUCAGUUUCAACUAUCAAUAUCCGACAUGAAGCUGAUUCGUCUAUGACUGGUAUAGACUUUGGUGAUAUUGUUGUCCGAAAACAACGAAGACAUUUUAAAAAUGUUCCAACUCUUUCCAAACCGUUGUCAGAAUGUGACGUGAAAGAAGUCAGAAAAAUCGGCAUAGGAUACCGAACCGACAAGUUUAUAGCCAAUGCUCGUGGAGUUGUGUUCAUCACUGAUGGUAUUGUGGUGGGAGAUAAUAGUAAUAGAAAGCUCAAAUUAAUCAACACAGAGGGAGAUAUCGUGGAUGAGUUGAAGCUGAAUGGACGUCCUUGGGAUCUGUGUAUGGUAGAUAAUACCACCGUGGCAGCCGCUGUAGAUGGUCCACGUGGGAUACAUAUAGUUACUGUCACACCUUCUAAACUUAGAUUGUCACAUGCAGUAAAAACAGGAAAACCAUGCCACGGUAUCGCAUACAGAGAUGGAGAAUUCGUCGUGAGUUUGGGUUUCGAAAUAAGCAGUGUGACGAAAGACGGCAUAUUAAACUCUUUAUACAAAUUUAGUAACCAUGUCUUUGCUUUGUCUUAUGAUUGUGUGACAGGUAAUCUCUUCAUACCUGAGAACACAGGUACCACUGGCAAUACGGCUGUUGGUCGAUUGACUUCAAACAGCAAAUACGGAGAUUUUUUAAAGGUUGGUUUAGUGAAGGAUGCGUAUGGAGUAGACGUCGACAUGGAAGGUAACGUUUAUGUAUGUGGUCAGGAUUCGAACAAUAUAGUACAAAUAUCUGAGGACGGGACAAAUGUCCGAGAACUGUUAACGAAAGAGCACGGUAUACGGCCACUAUCAAUAGCUGUCUGUGGUGACAGAUUUGUGGUAACACAGAGUAGUUUCAUCCAUUUAUUUCAGUUGCAGUGA